GUCGCUGUUUGUCGAGUGUGUUGAAGGCACGUUGAUCGUCGUCCGCGCUCUCCUUCCAGAAAAUCCGGUAUUCCGAGAUCAACGAAACGAAACCAGUUUCUCGACCAGGCAUGAUGGGUAUAGAGGCCGAAGAGCGGUGGCGGUCGCGACCGCGCACGUUCCUUUAUUGAGCCGCCGAGUGACCUUUGACCCACAGUCCGGAUUAGAAUGUCCAGCGGUGAUGCCCCAGAGACAGUGGAUCACCAGGCGGAGCUGGGCAGCGGUGUCAGCGUCGAGGACUUGUGGUCGCUGCACAACCUGACCAACGACCCCGAGUACAAAUGUCUGCAGGAGGGUCUGCUGGAGGCGGCGCCCACGGACGGCCUCUUCUGCGAACGCAGCUGGGACACGUUGCUGUGCUGGCCGGCCACCCCCGCCGGCCACCUCGCCUCGCAACCCUGCUUCGACGAGCUCAACGGCAUCAAAUACGACACCUCGCAGAACGCCACGAGGCUUUGCCAGGUCGACGGCGCGUGGGCAAAGUACACCAACUACACUCUGUGCCGUGACCUCUCGACCCCGCCACCUAUCGAGGCCAGCGUUGAGGUCACCACCAGCAUCUACUACGCCGGCUACACGCUCUCCCUGGCCGCGCUCGGCGCCGCCGUCGCAAUCUUCCUCUACUUCAAAGACCUACGAUGUUUGCGCAACACCAUCCACACAAAUUUAAUGCUCAGCUACAUUUUGGCCGACUUCAUGUGGAUCUUGACCAUAACCUUGCAGAUGUCCCUCCAAUCAGAGCCCGCGUCCUGCGUGGCCCUGGUAAUUCUGCUUCACUACUGCCAAAUGACCAACUUCUUCUGGAUGUUCGUCGAAGGGUUGUACUUGCAUGUGCUGGUGGUGGAAACUUUCACGGUGGAGAACAUCAGACUGCGAGUUUACGUCUGCAUCGGAUGGGGUACACCGAUGUUGAUAGUCCUUAUUUGGGCUCUAGUCAAGACGUUCGCUCCAGUUUCGCCCAUCAGUGCGCAGGUGAGCAAAAAAAUAUUGCCCCUCUACUGA